AUGCGCUUGGUGUGCGUGACAGACUUCCAGGCCCUGGCUCGGGAGCGCCUGUCCAAGCCCAGCUGGGACUACAUUGAAGGCGGUGCUGGCGAAGGCAUCACGCGGGAGGACAACAUCGCGGCCUUCAAGAAAAUCCGCCUCCGCCCACGGUACCUGAGAGACGUGUCGCAGGUGGACACCGGCACCACGAUCCAGGGGGAGAGGGUCAGCGCCCCCAUCUGCAUCUCCCCCACAGGUUUCCACCGCCUCGCCUGGCCUGAUGGCGAAAUGAGCACGGCGAGAGCCGCCCAAGCAGCCGACAUCUGCUAUGUCACCAGCACCUACGCCAGCUGCAGCCUGGAGGAUAUCGUCACCACUGCCCCCCGGGGCCUGCGCUGGUUCCAGCUCUACGUGCAGCCGGAGCGGGAGCUGAACAGGCGUCUGAUCCAGCGGGCAGAGUCCCUGGGCUUCAAGGCCCUGGUGAUCACUGUGGAUGUCCCCACGCUCGGCAACAGGCGACACGACAUUCGAAACCAGCUGGACCUGAAGUCGAACUUACUGCUGAAGGAUCUUCAGUCGCCCAAGGAGAGAAGCUCAACGCCUAACCUCAAGAUGACGCCCAUUGACGCCUCCAUCUGCUGGGACGACCUCUCCUGGUUUCAGAGAUUGACGGAGCUGCCUGUCAUCCUGAAAGGGAUCUUGACGAAGGAGGACGCAGAGCUGGCAGUGAAGCACAAUGUCCAUGGCAUCAUCGUCUCCAAUCACGGGGGACGGCAGCUGGACGAGGUCCCCGCCUCUAUCGACGCCCUGCCCGAGGUGGUGGCCGCCGUGAAAGGGAAGGUGGAGGUGUACCUGGACGGCGGAGUCCGCUCCGGCAACGACGUGCUCAAGGCCCUGGCCCUCGGCGCCAAGUGCGUCUUCGUAGGCAGGCCGGUCCUGUGGGGCCUGGCCUGCAAGGGUGAACAUGGCGUUAAGGAAGUUUUGGAUAUUUUGAAAGAUGAAUUCCGCACGUCCAUGGCUCUGACCGGCUGCCGGAGCGUCGCCGAGAUCAACCGGGACCUGAUCCAGUUCUCCAGGUUGUGA